AUGGGAGACAAGGUGGUGCGCACUGGCCGGAUCCCUGCUAUGUGGGCCUACAUCAUCGCGGCGGCUCGCGGGGACUCCCGCCAGACGAUGGCUCGCAACCCCGAAGAAUACGCCUUCUCAUACCGCGAUGGCCAAGUAUUUAUGGUGUCCGGGCCCCGAAUGGACGAGCCGGGGCCCUCCGGAGUCAGCACCAAAGAGAUCUUCGAGGAGUGCAGUCCUCCCUCUCCCAAGGACUGCACUAGCCCUCUUCCCACCUCGAAAGACAUCUGCAGCAGCCCCCCGUUCUCCAGGGACCUCAGGAGUCCUCCCGUCAGCUCCAAGAACGCGAUCCCGUUGAAAUCAUUGACCAGCCCUAGAAUGGAGGACGUGAUUGAGAUAUGCGAUGAUGAAGGAGUGGGCGAGACUCAGCGGCCGAGCUGGUUCCGGAGCGCCCUUGCGCGGAUCACGCGCGCCAUCCGCCGCCGCCUCAGCCGCGAGGACACCGCCACGCCACCCGACUUGUUCCUUGACAAGUACGCUGCCACGGAAUUCCACGACCCGCAGGAGCCCAUGUACGAGGCCAAGAGGUCGAAGAUCCUUUGCGGACUCAAGCUGGUCUUCGAUCCGACGCAGCCGGGACAUUACCAUUGGCUGGCCGUGGUAUCGCUCGCGAUCCUAUACAAUGUGGUGUUCGUGAUCGGGCGCGCCGUGUUCUGGGAGUUGGACACCAUCACAGUUGUCUGGUUCGUGCUGGACUACAUCUGCGACGCCAUCUAUCUCGUCGACACCGUCGUUCACGUGCAUGAAGGGUAUCUUGAACACGGUCUCAUGGUAAAGGAAGCCACGAGACUUAGGAAGCAUUAUCUCAAGACAGACUCUUGGCGAUACGACCUAAUAUCUUUGCUGCCCACGGACAUUGCCUACUACUGGUGGAAACCGCAGAGCUGUGACUAUGACCGUUUACCGUGCCCUGUUAUUGUGCGAAUGAAUCGACUGUUUCGCCUUCCUCGAAUGUGGGAGUGGUUCGACCGCACCGAGACCGCCACCAGCUACCCAAACGCUUUCAGAAUCUGCAAGGUCGUGAUGGCCAUUCUAGUUCUUAUUCACUGGAAUGCAUGCCUUUAUUUCGCGAUAAGUUAUGCAAUUGGAUUCGGCACCGACAAUUGGGUAUACAACAUAACAGGUGGACGAAACGAAACGUUGGCUCAUCAAUACAUUUACAGCUUUUAUUGGUCGACCCUAACACUCACUACCAUAGGAGAAACGCCCCAGCCCGAAAUCGAUCCAGAAUACUUAUUUGUUGUUGCGGACUUCCUUGCCGGCGUCCUAAUUUUUGCUACAAUCGUAGGCAACAUCGGCUCAAUGAUAUCGAACAUGAAUGUGGCUCGCGUCGAAUUUCAAAAUAAAAUGGACGGCGUAAAACAGUACAUGGCAUUCAGAAAAGUGAGCGGGGAACUAGAGGCGAGAGUUAUCAGAUGGUUUGCGUACACCUGGGCUCAGAGCGGCGCGCUGGACGAAGAAAACGUGCUGUCUUCAUUACCUGAUAAACUUAAAGCCGAAAUUGCUAUACGCGUUCACUUGGAGACUCUGAGGAAAGUGCAAAUAUUUCAAGAUUGCGAGCCCGGUCUUCUUGAAGCUCUUGUGUUAAAGCUACGACUUCAGGUCUUUAGCCCUGGAGAUUACAUUUGCCGCAAGGGAGAUGUUGGUAAAGAGAUGUACAUUGUUAAACGGGGCCGUCUACAGGUAGUGGCAGAUGAUGGUAAGACUGUGCUUGCCGUUUUGAGUGCCGGAUCCGUUUUUGGAGAAGUGAGCGUUUUGGACAUCGUGGGCAAUCGCACCGGCAAUCGUAGGACCGCCAAUGUAAGAGCACUGGGCUAUUCAGACUUGUUUUGUUUGGGAAAAAGAGAUCUUUGGGAAGCCUUGGCUGACUACCCCGAUGCUCGAACUACCUUAACUGAACGUGGAUGUCAACUUUUACGCAAGGAUGGUCUACUUGACGAGCAAGUUUUCCAAAAAGCGCAAAAUACUCAAUUGAGCCUAGAGGAAACUGUCAGCCAACUGGAGACUACAGUGGAAAUACUCAAUAACCGGCUAGAGGGCUUGUUGACUGACAUUGGAGAAGAACAGGCCAAAAUUAAACAAAAGCUCAGUCAGAUCGAAAUGAGGGUCGUAGACACUGAAGGUGAGGUUAUUACCGACGAUGAGGAUAGGACUUCGUCCGAUGGGUCUGAAAUAAGAAGCGAGAUCGCUCGGAUGUCGGACAGUUACGAGUGCAGCGAGCUGGCGCUGAGCAUGUCUCCGAGCACGUCCACGGUGUUCCUGGAGAAGCCGAUCGCGGGCCGGGAGCGCGGGCACUCGCUCUGCGUGGAGAGGACGCCCAGCUUCAGCCACCUUGCCGCCCAACCGCGGAGUAAAUCACUCCGCAUUAAAAAACCGCCCAAAGACUACUCUCACUAAAAGCCAAAGGGGGAAUAAUUCAAAAAUUCCGUGAUGUAUUAUUUUAAACCCGAUUUUGUUAUCCUUCAUAUAAGUAAGUCUAUUUCUCAAAAAAGUGGCACCGCAGAAUAAUGACUUUUUUCAAAAAACUUGGUUUUCGCUUUUGGAUUAUGUUGAUUAUUACUUAUUAAAAUGUAAAUUAAAUAUCUGAUAAAUUUUGAAGGAAAGACUUAAAUUAUUUUAGAAGAUAUAGGUGUUUUAAAUUCAGGUGAACGACAUCAAUGACAGGACAAAGAUAAUUGGUUGUAACCCAGGUUAUAUACUUAGAUAAUAGAAGCAGGUUAGCGAGAAAUAAGUACAAAUUCAAAUGAAACUUGUGACAGGUUAUCGACAGCCGCUAACCUGCAUCCGUUCUUGAUUACUCGUUUUCAUUCAUUUCAUUUCUUUAACAUGGACAUCAUUCACCUGCCCAUCACAUUUUAUUUAAGACUACUUAUUUCUAUAAAUAUUAAUUAAAAAAGGAACAUAAUUCAUUUGAAUAAUUGCACUGCCUAGCUACAACAAAAAAAAUAUUUUUCUAUAUCAAAAUCGGGAAGUGGGUCAAAUUUAACUUGUAAGUUUUGAUUACAGACGCACAGAAAGCAACGGGACAGGUGAAACCAAAUAAAAGCUUGUAAAAAGUCUCUCACAACAUGUUUUAAUAAUUUAUUUAAAAUUAUACACGGUGAAAAGUUCUAACAUGAACUGAUUGACAGGUGGCGGUGCCGCUUUUUUGAGAAACAGCCAUAAAUCUACGUUAUUUUUGAUACCUUGAAAGGGUUUUAUUAAAUGUAAGGGUUUAGAAAUGGAACAUCAUUUUGGUACCUACGGCUAGAUAUCGGAAACAAACCAAAAACUAUUUUAAAGUAUAGGUACUUAAAGAUAAAUCUACAUUAUUAUAGUUUUGAAAAUUAGUGUCAAUGGAAUGUGGCUUUAAUUAGAAACAAGGGAGAGGCAGCAUAUGGCUGCGCAUUUAAUCAAUUUGUUUAUAAAACAAUUUAAUUAAUUUGGCGUCACAUAAUUUACCGUAGGUAUUUUAACGUUUUAAACGUUAAAUAUCUCAAACAAGGAACAAUAUUUGUUUAUAGUGGUAAUGUAGGAUUUCACAGAGUUAGUAUUCUUUCCAAUGAGAUGUUUAAUGUAAUUAUCAUUAUUAGUAAAUUAAAUAAUAUUAAGUUUUGGAGUGACAUCUUAUCUUUCCAAUGGUAUUGUUUUAAAGAUUGUUAAUACUCGUUAGGUAAUUGUAUUCUUAAAAAACUGUAUUAUACGUACUUUGCAUCAAUGUUUCAGUUUAUUUUAUUUUUAUAACGCUUAACUUAAUAGAAAUAUGUUGAACAAUAUUAUAAUGAAUAUUCAAUGAAUGUUGUUUGUCUACUAACCAGUCUAACUACGUAAGUUAUUAUUGAGCGACGAGUGACAAUUUUACAAGUUCGCUUCAUAACUAGGUGUUUUUGAAUAUAUUUUUGUAUUCAUAAAAUGUUGUAUAUAUUAUCUCCUUAGUUAGGCUUCUAAAGGUAGAUCACCUGUCUUAAGGUACGUUUCAUCUGUUCGAACCAAACUAUUUAGCUAUCUCUGGCGUAAUUUCCGAUAUCAGGAUCUUUGUGUAAAUUCAAAAUUUUGUAUUUUUAUAUUAACAUUUAUGAAUUUUAUCAUAGGACGAAAACUGAUUUAUUAAAACGAUAUCAUAAAAGUGUAUUAAUGUAGAUUAAAUUAGAUAUAAUAAACUAGAUAAUUAACCUAGUGUUAUUACUUUCAUACUGUUAGGUACAUGAAUGGUAAUUCAAAUAAUCAUUUUAUUAUUUUCAACCUUAUAUGCUGCUUAUAUGCCGAUUCGUUUGCAAAAAUAAUUUCUACAAUAUCAAAAUACAGAGAGAAAAAUGGUUUGUAUGGAGAGGCGGGACUUCCAUUUACCUCGUAACUGCCAGUUUUCUUUCGAAAGGUAUGACAUUUGACUUAAAAUUGUACAUGAAAACACGUAUAUUUGAUACGAAACGUUCCGAAGAGAUACCUACAAUGAGAUAAUAUUAUCAACCACAUCUCUAAUUUAACUGUUGUAAAUAAAUAUUUAUAAGAAAUCAGAGUAAAUCAAUGGAGAAUUAUUUGUAAAGGUAAAUGGCAAUUAUUUUCGGCAUAGCCUAAAGAAAUUUUGAAAUAAAUAUGAAACAACAGCCAUGAAGAUUUUUAAUAUCCCUCAUUUAUUUUUACAUAUCUGUUUUAUCAUUUUGAUACAUCAGUUUAACUAAAGUAAAUCAACAAAAUAACAUAGCCCACCAUGCCACGACAGUGAAACGAAACGACCACUAAAAUAAAACACUUGGAAACAAACUGAAAACAGAUCGGAGAAUAAUUCAUUUAACGACAAUUUGUUAACUAACUAAAGUUGUAUACUAACUUCACAAGUCGAGCUAUAUAUUAACGCAUUCACUACCACCAACGCACAUGUGCGUUCUCCGCCAUACAAGUUUGUUCCUAAGCCACGCCCACUGGCAGUUAAUGCGUUAAUUUACUUUCUACAAAAUGUAAGCUUGUUAACAUGGUUCAUUUUUUAACUUAGCACAUACUUAGCUAUUGUGAAGAAUUAAAUCCAGUUGUUAGAGAAAACUGUCAAUAAUUUACCAAGUCAUAUGCUAUUUCCGAAUAUUUUGUACUGAAAACUUCAUAAGUAUCUCAAAAUUUUCAGCAUAAAGCACUAUCGCUCCAAAAUACUAUAAAAAAUCCCAAUUUGUGUUACCUAUACAUCCUAAUCACGUAGGUACUCUUUAUGUAAAUAAAUUGUAAUGUGAAAUUCUAACAAAUAACGUAUUUUAAGAAAUCACAUUCAUUCUUGAUUUAAAUAACUGGAAGCGAAAAAAUACAAAGGCCAAAAGGGACGAAGUCAUGUGACACGUUUCUCCAUACAAACGUAGUCCCCAUUUUCCUCUAUACUAACAAUACAAAAAAUAUUUUUACGCAAUUUGAUGUACAUAGGUAUACUCGUAUUAACUACAGCUAUGUCCCUUUGUUUGACUUUUUACUACGUUUGUAUGCAGAAGCGGUCGUCCACUAUCCUCUUAAGGGAACGAUCAUAAAUUCAUUAUAUUAUCCUUUCCGCAGUGAACUUUUUAAUAUGAACUUUUUCCGAUCGAUACAACUGACGGUUAUGAUUAACAAAACUCAAACAAAUAGUUUUGGAAUAAGUAUUACAAUAAAUUUGAAAGUCGCUCUUGUUUUGUUCUCAAGCAAUCAAAUUUUUUUUCGACAAUGACUAUUGGAUUAAAUAAUUUUAUUACAAAACCGCCAUUACUUGCAACCUACCAAGAAACACGUUUUAUUCAAGAACAGUAACUCAAACACAUAACAAGAUGAAUAACCCUAAAGUAUAUAACAAUUCUACCUGUUUAAAUUCGGACUGUAACUUCUUACAUCUAACCUUUACCUUAGAUUCAUUCCAAUAAUACAGUCCUAUUUUACAAAUAUCAAAUCACAUCAAAAACAAGUCACAUUUACUUAUAUUCAUAGUGACAGAAAAAUGCGCCCGCAACAAAAUGCCCCUGUGCAUUUGACAUUGGCAUUUCAAAAAUGGGCAAGGGCAUUUAGUUGUACAUUGGUAUGUUUGUUUGUGGUAUGUAUUCCACAAACAGAUAAAUAGUACCCAAUACGAACAAACAAAAUGAUUUAAAAAUAGGUAGGUUUUUUUGCAGUUCACUAGAAGCAUGAAAGGAGCGUUCAAUGAUAAUUGGAAUUAAUUUACAAAUAUGGAUUAGGUAAGUAUCUUACUAAUUUAUGUAGUUAAGUAUACUUAAAAAAACGUCCUCUCUUCUACAGGUUAGCAAACAGUUGCCACUAAUUUUCAGUAGAGCGAUCAGAAAUAGUACAACUAUGUAGGUAGGUAGGUAUGUAGGGACAACCUUUAUUGAAAAAAAUACCACAAAAUAAUUUGUAAAGAGCUAAAACGGAAAUAAACGUCAGCAUGUUUUUCUUUUUAUCAAUUAAAAACGUCAAAGGAAUGAGUACAUCUUUUUUUCAAAGUCAGUAAAGUGCAUGACAACCCCCAGUCCAAUUAACGAUUCAUUACAAGGGACUAAACGAAAAAUAGAAUCUCCGUGAAAUUGCAUGCCAUAAAAUGAAGAUUCUUUGAAAUUAAAGUUACUUAAAACAUUUUGCUUAGUUAGGUACAUUUAUGUAAGCAAUUUUCACAAUACUAGCUCGUAUGGUACGGUAUAACUAGGAUGUUAUUAAUUUAGUUCGUGCAAGCAGCUUUGGUCAAUCGUUCUGGCAUUCUGACGUACCUACAUUACAUAAGUACCCUCUAUCACACUUAUUUAACCCAGCCUGACCAGUAUCGGAAAAUCUACGUCUAGGACCACUCGAAACUACCGGGUGUGGUCUGUAAUAUGACCAAAAAUUGUUAUGUUUAAGGCGUGACAAGCAACGUCAAUCACAAUGAUAUGGCGUGGCGAUGGCGUCCAUUGAAGAUAAUAUUUAUUUUGUACGAAAAAUAGGGAGUCUAAAUACUUCAUAAUUUUUAAAAGUUGUUGAACAAAAGUGUCACCGUUUGAGGAGUACAAUCUAUGUUUUAAUUAUUUGCUCAUGUUACAGACCACACCCGGUAUAUUUUUUAACGAUUCUCGAGAUAUUACAUAUCACUGUAACGAGGUAUGGAAAAAUAUUUAUUGAUAAAGGAAUAUUUCAGAGAAAA